CGGGUUUCUCCACUCUCCGGUCCUGCCGGUGUCCGCCUGUGCCCCCCGUCCCGGGGCGCGGUGUCUGCGGGGAUCCUGUGGGCUUUGGGGACCGGAGGGACAUAGAGGGACCAGACAGGGAUGGACCGGGACCGGAGAGCCCCGCUGCGGAUGCUGGAGAGCCUGGAAGGGCUGUGGGACAGCAGAGCGGCAGCGCCCCUGUGUGCCCUGUCUGUCCCCUGUCUGUAUUUCCUGUCUGUCCCCCUGUCUGUAUUUCCUAUCUGUCCCCUGCAUCCCCUGUCUGUCCCCCUGUCUGUAUUUCCUAUCUGUCCCCUGUGUGCCCUGUCUGUCCCCCUGUCUGUAUUUCCUAUUUGUCCCCUGUGUCCCCUGUUUGUCUCCCCGCCUGCCCCCCUGGUUGUAUUGCUUGUCUGUCCUCCUGUCUGUCCCCUUGUCUGUCCCUCCAUCUGUAUUCCCUGUCUGUCCCCCUGUCUGUCCUAUGUCUGUCCCCCCUUCCCCGUCCGUGCCCCCCCGCUGUGCGCUGCCCGGGGCUGAGCCCGGGGUUUGUUUGCUCACGGAAUUGGCAGCGGCUGCGGCCCGGGGGGGUCACCGGGGGGUCCCUGCCUGGGCCCGGCGCUGACGUCCGUCCCUGGCCGCUGGCUGGUGGCCCCUGUGUCCCCAGGGAUGCUGUGUCCCCCCUGCAGCCCGAUGACGGUGCCGGUGCCGCGCUUUGGGGGGACACAGGCGCCCCGUGUGCGUCACCGCGGCUUUGGGGGUGUCCGGGGCGGGUUAUAAAGCCGAGCCUGGCGCAUCCCGGAGCAUCCAGGGGCUCCGCUGGCACCGGGAGAAUGGAGAACGCUCUGCUGUGCCUGCUCUGCCUGCUGGGCUCCGGCCUCAUCCUGCUGGGCACCCCCGAGCCGGUACCGGAGCUCCGGUCCGCGCUGAGCCUGCCCGGGCACAGCCGGGAGGAGACGGAGCUGGCGGAGGUGCUCCGGGAGGCUCUGGACGAGCUGAGGACGCGGGAGCCGCCGGCGCUGGAGAAGAGGCUGAGCUGGGUGCCCUGGUGCGAGCCCCGGGAGCCGUGCGCGGUGCGGCGCGGGGCGCGCAUCGGGAAGCUCUGCAGCUGCCCCCGCGGCACCUCCUGCAACCUCUUCAUCCUCAAGUGCUCCUGAGGGAGCGGGGACACCGAGGGACAGCGGGGGACACCAGCUGCCAUCCGCCCUCGGCCCGGGAGGGGCACAGAGGGGGAGCCGCGGGUCCCAGCCCCCUCCCCGCCCCGGGAUGGACCCGCACGGCACCGCCCGUGCCCCUGCCCGUGGGGCUGGCGGUGUCCAGGGACACAUUAAACCAUUGGAUCCA